CCCUGUGGAUGUGAUGAUCUGAAGCUUCCAUAAAGCAUUGCAGAAGCCACAUCUCUGUCUGCGCUGCACCAUGAGCUCUGUAGCGGUCCUGCUGCUGCUUCUGUCUGCCGGGCUGCAAUCAGCUUUCUCUCUAGAAUGUUAUAACUGCAGCUACAGUACCAAGGAUGAGUGUGCAACUAUAAACAUCUGCAGCAAUGGGAAGAAUCAAUGUCUCUUGACUGUCACAGAAAGCAACAUAAGUAAUACAGGCCUACCAUUCAAGUUCUUCACUUAUUCCUGCGGUGUGAAAGAGGACUGUGAUAAGAAAUUCAGUAUGUCUGUAAAUAACACCGUGCAAAGGAGCGAUACCACUUGCUGUAAUACAGACAAAUGCAAACCUCAGAGGUCUGAACCACCCAAAAUAAGUGCACAGAAAAACAAGCUCCAAUGCCCCUACUGUUCUGAGAGCAACACUGACAAAUGCAAGAAUACGGCGACCAUGGAAUGCACCGGUGAUGAGAAUAAAUGCUUCACCUACUCCUACUCACAUAGAAACACCCCCUACGCAAUGCAAGGCUGUAUGCAGACCAAUAUGUGUGAGACCAACAAUCCCCUUGUACUUCCCGGAAGCUCCCAGUUCACCAAGAAGACACUUGUUUGCAGCCAUGCACCCUCUGUCCUCCCCAGUUUGCUUGGCCCAGUAGCCUACGGCUUGCUCUUGCUCAAACUCAUCUCCUAAACUGAGUGUGAGGAGGCAGUCUGAAGAUUUCGGAAGAGCCGUACUCUGGAAGAGGGGCCCCGCGGUGCAUUGCAGAGCAAGGUGUACCAACACACAGUAUACAAGCAGAGCAAUGCAUGCCUAUACACUGUAUAUUUGCAGAGCCAUGUAUAGCUAUAUAUCUGGGCAGACAUAUUUAUAUUCAUAUGUUAUGUAUGUGCACAGCAUACCUAUAUCCUGAAACUCAAGCAGAGCAACAUAUAUUACAUACAGAGACACAGGGAGCUCAUAUCAGUUAUAUGAUCUGUGUGCAGAGCAUUGCAUGGCUUUGUUCGUGACAAACAGCUACUUCCAGUUCCUUGGCAUCAAUAGCACCCACAAGGCUUUGCAAACAGGCCAUAGCAGUCAGACCUGGCAGUGAAGGGGCACUGGGUGGAGAUAACAUGAGAAUCACUGUGAAUUCCCCAAUUGGAAAGGUUACAACUCUGGUUCCGAUUCUCACAACGCAAAUGGGGGUUGUUAGUAGCAGAAGGCGCGUUGUCUGCGGAAGACGAAGCAUGUCCCAGAUUUACUAAAUUGCGCUAAACAUUUAUGCACCCUGACUGGGGCUUAGCACUAUUUAUUGAACAUUGCCCUUUUCUCAGUGUUUGGUGUUACCACUAAAUUGUAGCCGUUACUGCAUUCAGCUUUUUUCUUUCUCUUUCCACCAAUGGAAAUCUAGGUCAAUAAAAACGUUUUUUUGUAAUAAAUGA